AUGACUGGAUCGACAUCGGCCGGUUCUUGUUCAGUUCGAUGGUUCGAGAAAUCCCUCUAUGACCUGAUCAAGGGUCUUCGGAACCAUAAAGGCGCGGAAGAUGAAUACAUUCAGAAUGCCUUGCGCGAAUGCAAGGCUGAGAUCAAAUCACAGGAUAUGGGUAGGCGCCACUGUGUCCCGCCCCGCGACCGCCACGACCAAGCCACAGCUCUACUGAAGCUCAUAUAUCUCGAGAUGUUCGGUUACGAUAUGUCAUGGGCGGCUUUCAAUGUCUUGGAGGUCAUGUCUUCGGCAAAAUAUCUUCAGAAACGAGUCGGCUACCUUGGAGCUGUCCAGAGCUUUAGGCCGGAUACGGAGGUCCUAAUGCUGGCAACGAACAUGCUCAAGAAGGACAUUGUGUCACCCAAUAUUCCCGGACUAUCAUUACCACUGGCGACGCUGCCACAUAUCAUCACCCCAUCACUUUCCAUGUCUCUACUUCCCGACAUUUUAUCUCGCCUUUCACACUCCAGUCCCGUGGUCCGCAAGAAAACGAUCGUUACCCUCUACAGAAUCUCGUUGGUUUACCCCGAGGCGUUGAAGCUUGCAUGGCCUAGAAUAAAGGACCAUCUUAUGGACGAUCAAGAAGAUGCCAGUGUGACCACAGCUGCGAUCAACGUUGUAUGCGAGCUUGGAUGGCGACGUCCGCAUGAUUUUCUUCCUUUGGCCCCGCGGCUUUUCGAACUUCUUGUGGAUAGCGGCAAUAAUUGGAUGGCUAUCAAGAUCAUCAAACUCGUAAGUUACAAUCCAUACCAUUCUCCCUGGCUCUGUCUGACCCCUUUCAAACAGUUUGCAACUUUAACGCCGUUAGAGCCGCGACUAACACGAAAGCUUCUACGACCGCUGACCAAUAUUAUUCAAACUACAACGGCCAUGUCAUUGCUAUACGAAUGUAUCAAUGGCAUUAUCCAAGGUGGCAUUCUCGAUGGAGAGGAUAAUCUGCAAGAACGAGACGAGGUUGCCGGUCUUUGCGUCGGCAAACUUCGCGGCAUGAUCGUUAUAGACUCGGAUCCCAACCUUAAAUAUGUUGCUCUCCUCGCAUUAAAUCGGAUCGUCACAACGCACCCCUUGUUAGUAUCGGUGCAACAGGAUGUUAUCAUGGAGUGCCUGGAUGAUGCGGAUAUAUCAAUCCGACUACAGGCCCUAGAGCUUGCUGCGGGAAUGGUCACCAGCGACACCCUUCAGGAAGUGGUCAAUCGUCUCGUCGAGCAACUUCGAUUUGCCCCGCUCUCAGCUUCGGCAGACGCGCCGGGUGUGGCAGAUGAAGAUUUUGAAGAAAACAACGCGCCCACGACCAGCACAGAGACCGUCAAGGUCCUACCGAACGACUAUCGGACCGAGGUUGUACAUCGCAUUCUUGACAUCUGCUCACAGAGCAAUUACUCAGAAAUCGAGGACUUUGAGUGGUAUGUCAAUAUUCUAGUCCAGCUCGUUGGCCUUCUUCCAUUGGCAGAAACGGAUGAUUACUGGAACGCACCCCAACUGGGCCAAGCUCAAGAGUCUUCGCCCAUCAAGACGACCGUGGCAUUCCGCAUCGGCUCGGAGAUUCGUAACAUCGCGGUCCGAGUCAAGGGAGUACGCAUGGAAGCGUGCAGGGCUGCUGAAUCCCUGUUGCUAAUUGAUAACCGCCCACUCCUCUUCCCUGUCGGUUCGAGUGUGGGAGACGAUGUUCUUGGCCCUGUUUCCUGGGUCGUUGGUGAAUAUGCGGAAUAUCUUCGAAGCGCUAGUCGGACUUUGCAAUCCUUGAUCGAUGGUGGCAAUGUAUCUUUGCCUGCCAAGACUCUUCAAUUAUUUCUGCAGGCUAUACCCAAGGUCUUUAUCCAGGCUAAUAGAGACUGUGAGGGCCGAGACAGCUGGAGGAGUGAAAUGUCUCUUCUUCUCGCUCGCGUUGUCGAAUUUCUUGAGUCACUGGCAGCACACCCGGACCUGGAUGUUCAAGAACGAGCCAUUGAAUUUCUAGAAGUCCUUCGUCUGGGUGCUGAUGCAUUGCGCUCCGAGGGACAAGAUGUGCCCUUCCUUCUCACCUCGGUUAUUCCAAGCUUGUUUAUGGGGCUGGAGUUAAAGCCUGUUGCUCUCAAUGCUCAGAAAAAGGUCGUGCUCUCUGCCAGUCUACGAUUGGAUGAGCCUUUCAACGAUGAUUUACCGGAUUUAUUCGAUCGUCUAAAGAAUGGCUCGCUAUCGGAUAUCAAUUCACACAGCGGACUGCAGGACUUUUAUUACGUUACCGAUGCUUCUCCGCCCGCCAAUAAGCCAAUUCAUGACUUAACCACCGCGGCAAGCUACCUCGACACCUCAUAUCAGAAUGUUUUGGGAAGUGCCGGUACAGGGCAUAAGGCCGAACGCCGGGAACGCUAUCAAAAUGAUCCAUUCUAUAUUGCGCCUGUCGGGGGGAAUAACUCUUCUGGCACAUCCACGCCAGGAGCCCCUUAUGAAGGCGGUCUAGAUAUCGACAAUAUUCCCAUCAUCGACCUGAAACUUGACGACGCGGGGAAGAGCCUUACGAGUCGUGAUAUUCCCGAGGUCCGGAGACACCAGCCCAGACGGAUGGAGGUUGCGGCCGACGAAACGUUAGGCGUUGAAGACCUUUCCUCUUCCCCGAGGGGCAAUAGUGGCGCUGGCAGCAACAGACGUGGUUUACUUCAAGUUGAUUCCAGCACUCUGGAGAGAAGUGAAUAUCAACAGCCUGGUCUUGUCUCUGCGGGUGAUGAAGGGGAUAGGGAGAUGAGGGAAGCGAUGCAGAACGUAGAACAGGUGCGUUUGCGCAUGCAGCGGGCGUCGGAGCGGAUUGGAUUAGAAGGGACACCGGCUGAGGGAGAGCUUGUGAAAAAGAAGAAGAAGAGCAAGAAGAAGGCUACGACGCUUGAGGGGGGUGAAUCCGAGAACAAGGAUAAGGAUAAGAAGAAACGGAGGAAAAAGAGGACGUCUGAACAUGAACCUCAAUGA